UCAUACACACGUGUAGCAACCGAGCAUUUUCAGCAUUUCCAGAGCCUUCGUAAACCUUAGAAGACGAAUACCUGGACAUACUAUCGUUAAGAGGCCUUGCGAAUCAUGAAGGUGACAUUGACGAGCGAGAAUGGCGACGUUUUCCCGCUGGAAAUCGGGGCGGACCUAACUGUGCAGGAUCUACAGGCCCUGGCCGAGCUAGAGACGGCGAUCCCUCAGGACCAAAUGCUCCUCAUACACAACAUGGCCCCGCUGGCCGAUCCCCGCCGACCUCUGACCCAAUGCGGCGUGGAGGAGGGUGACGUCAUCAUGGUGUCGAGACUGGAGGGGAGCGGGAUGGAUCCGACCACUCGUCCUACACAACCACACCCACAAACCUCGCCGCACUCCCUCCCAACCAGCAUCGACUGGAGCUCCAUCUCCAUACCAACGACCUCUGACCCCGGCACCACACAACCUCGUAACCGUGGGCAACAACCUCAGGGUAACCCCGACGACCCCGAAACAAUCCGCCAACACUUUCUCAAUCAUCCGUACGAGAUGGCGCGACUCAGACAGCAGAACCCUCCACUGGCGGAAGCGCUCCUCAGCGGCGAUCGCGAGCGUUUCCACGACGCUCUAGCGCGACAACGCCGAGCCAUGCGAGAUGCCGAGAGGGAGAGAAUUCGAAUCCUAAAUGCCGAUCCUCUAGACCCGACGUACCAGGCGAAAAUAGCUCAGGACAUUCGACAGAGAAACAUCGAAGAGAACAUGGAGGCUGCGAUUGAGUUCACGCCCGAGAGUUUCAGUCAUGUGGUGAUGCUGUACCUGGAGAUAAAGGUGAACGGGGUCCCAGUGACGGCGUUGGUUGACUCGGGCGCUCGGUCCACUGUCAUGAGCCAGGCGUGUGCCGACAGAUGCAACAUCAUGAGGCUAGUUGAUCGCAGGUCAGAAAGUUGUGGAACGUGACGACUGUGUAUCUGUGCACUUAGCCAAGAUUUCUCACAGCUAGGGACACCUUAGGAACACCCUAUUUGGUGAUAUGCAGGCGUGGCCUUUGGAGUUGGGCAGCAGAGAAUCCUCGGACGAGUUCACCUGGGGCAGCUGCAAAUUGGCAGGGACUUCCUCACUUCUUCGUUUACUGUACUGGAGACGGCUCCGGAAGACAUGCUACUCGGUCUGGAUAUGUUGAAGACACAUCAGUGUUGUAUCGAUUUGAAGGACAACUGUCUUAGGGUCGGGACGACGGCCAAUUCAGCCCAGUUCCUGACGGAAAAGGACCUGAAAGAUAAAGAGGACACACUCAAGAAACAAGAGGAGGCUUUCAGUGAGAAGGAAGAUUAUGAAAUGGCGCAGGCUAUGGCUGCUUCAGAGCAGUCCUCUGGGGUGGGAGACCAGAGGACGCUGUCAGAACCAGCACAAUCUGCGAUGUCAUCUCAACCUCCUCCAAACCCACGCCCUCCCCAAUCUCAACCUCCUCCACCAAGCCACGCCCCUUCGACCAUCUCCGAGGGGGCCAUAUCCCAGAUAACGAGCAUGGGGUUUACCCGCGAGGAAGCAGUUGAGGAGUUAACGAGGACAGGAGGGAACGUUCAGCUGGCCUUGACUGCUCUCCUGGCUCGGUCCAUCUCUCUAUAGUCACAACUGCUGCAGAAAUCAUUAGACUGUCCGACCACACCCAAUAUUUUAUCUCUUGCCUCUUGUCCAGUAUGCUGCUGUAUACAGACAGCGCGUAUGCAAAUAUAGUGCGCAUGCGCGCGAAAGGUGUGCGUGCGUUUGCCGCACG